GACUGUUUGUAUUUUUACUUUUUAUACUAACGCAAUAUGUCUAGUCAAGCAACAAAAAUCGCCGCCGCUGUUGGAGUGGGGGCUCUCGGAAUCGCCGCUUACCUGUUGGGAAAGUCGAAUAAAAAACCGAGCGGUGGGCAAGUCAAAUCUCUCGCCCACGAGCAAUUCAACCCCGACCAGGAUUAUCCCGACCUCACCAAGCACAACAACGUAAUGGCCUCUUAUCUUACACCACAACUAUAUGGCUCGCUACGCGAAAAGACUACGCCUAGAGGAUGGACACUCGACAACUGCAUCCAGACAGGGGUCGACAAUCCGGGCCAUCCAUUUAUUAAGACUGUCGGCAUCGUGGCUGGGGAUGAGGAGUCAUACGAGGUGUUUGCUAGUCUGUUUGACCCCAUAAUCGAGGAAAGACACAACGGCUACAAGAAGACGGCACUGCAUCCUACAGAUUUGGAUGCGUCGAAACUGAAAGGUGGAAUUCUAGACGACAGGUACGUCCUUUCAAGCCGCGUACGAACUGGAAGGAGUAUUCGAGGGUUGGGUCUUCCACCCGCCUGUACUCGGGCAGAGAGAAGAGAGACGGAAAAGAUAGUCGCUAGUGCUCUAAAAAAUCUGACUGGAGAUUUGAAAGGAAAGUACUAUCCGCUUGUUGGCAUGACGGAGGAAGAACAGCAGCAACUGAUUGAUGACCAUUUUCUGUUUGACAAGCCCAUAUCUCCGCUGCUCAACUCUGCCGGUAUGGCUCGAGAUUGGCCCGAUGCGCGAGGAAUCUGGCAUAACGAAGAGAAAAAUCUGCUUGUUUGGAUUAACGAAGAAGAUCACACACGCAUCAUUUCCAUGGAAAAGGGUGGAAACAUGAAAGCGGUGUUUGAGCGCUUUUGUCGCGGUAUUAACGAGGUUGAAAAUGCCAUUAAGUCUAAAGGGCACGAGUUUAUGUGGAAUUCUCAUCUCGGCUACGUUCUCACAUGUCCAUCUAACCUAGGCACUGGUCUUCGUUCUGGCGUUCACGUGAGAAUUCCACACAUAAGCAAGCAUCCAAAGUUUGCAGAAAUUCUGAACAAGCUCCACCUUCAAAGCCGCGGUACCGGAGGUGUUGACACAGCUGCCGUUGGAGGAGUCUACGAUAUUUCUAAUUCAGAUCGUUUAGGAAAGUCGGAAGUUCAACUGGUUCAAAACGUCGUUGAUGGAGUGAAACGACUUGUUGAUAUGGAGAAAAGGCUAGAAAAGGGAAUGAGUAUUGAACCUCUUAUGCCAUAGGCACAAAAUGAUUUUAUCUUAGUAAGAACAUCUAAAUGUUAUAGCAGCUUGACGACCACAAAAAACAAAUAGAGAUCAUAAACAUGCAAU